AUGAGUAAUGGUCGAUCAAAAUUAGAAUUACCAAUACAUUCAACAAUUUUUGAACAACAACAACAAGAUGAAUCGAUGAAUAGUGGUCAACAAAAUCAAUCACGUCGUCGUUUUCAAAGACGUAAACAAAUGAAACGUUCGAAAAGUGUUGAUUUAUAUCAAGAACAAACAUCAUCAUUUAUUUCUCCAAUAAUAAAUAAUGAAUUUAAUAAAUCUUCUCGACAACCAAAAUCUAUAAGUCGAGAACAUUUAGCAAAAGAAGAAGAUUUCUCAUCUUCAUCAUCAUCAUCAUCAUUAACAACAGAUAUUGAACGUGUUAAUCGAGCUGCUUUACUUCGUUAUAAAUCACUCGAUUCAAUGACAUUUAAUAAUCAAAAAUCAAAUUUCAAUGGACGUUUACUUAAUAAUAAUAAUACGAAUAAUAAUCAUCGAAGAUCUAUGCAUAAACCAAAAGAAUAUGAUUUUGAUAGUGAUGAUUCUGUGUGUGGAAUACCAAAACCUCGAAAGUAAGAUAUAAUUUCUUUUUUUUUAUAUGUUUUAGUCAAACAUAUCUAGUUGACAGCAGCUAUACCAUCAUCAAAUUAGACCAUUUGAUUUUAUUCCCUGCUGAUGCUUGUAUCAUGCGCAUAGAUAUUUUUCUAGUUUUUUUUUUUCUUCCCUCUAACGAAUGUUAGUUUUAAUCCAGUGAAAUAUUCUUCGCAUUGCAUGCAUCACAUUUACAUACAUAUAUAUAUAUAUCCAUAUCCAUUUCCAUAAACACAUUUAUGGUAACAUUCUCUGUCCAUAGUCGCUAUGCCCUUCUCCCCCGUUAUGUUGCUCGAUAGCACGAUUAUAUUCGCAUAUUGAUAAACUCGCUCUUGUGUGAUUGAUGAAAUUCGGUCGUGCUACGCACAUGCAUAUUUUUAGCUGUCAACUAGAUAAGUGAUCGAAAACUCGAUCUUCAUACAAGACAAAAAAUCAAUACGUCUUCUCUACGUUAU